CUUGACAGCCCCGACCCUGACAACCAUGAGGAUCGCCAUCAUCGGCCAGAGCGCUUUCGCCAGCGAGGUGCUGAAGCUGCUGCAGAAGAACGGACACGACAUCGUCGGCGUCUUCACCGUUCCCGACAAGGAUGGCCGAGAAGACGCCCUGGCGACCACGGCGUCGGCGUGUGGCGUGAAUCGCGUGCUGAAGCUUGGCCGCUGGCGAUCCAAGGCUGGCGGCGGCGUGCUGCCUGAGGUGAUGUGCGCCUACGAGGAGGUCCAAGCCGAGCUGAACGUGCUUCCUUUCUGCAGCCAGUUCAUACCGAUGGAGGUGAUCACGUGGCCCAAGCACCAGUCGAUAGUGUACCACCCGUCUCUGCUGCCGCGCCACAGGGGAGCCUCAUCUGUGAACUGGACCCUUAUCGAGGGCGACACCAAGGGCGGCUUCAGCGUGUUCUGGGCCGACGAUGGUCUGGACACGGGACCACUGCUGCUGCAGCGCGAGUGCGACGUCCUGCCCGACGACACGGUCGACGCGCUCUACUCCCGCUUCCUCUUUCCCGAAGGAGUCAAAGCCAUGGGCGAGGCUGUGGAGCUGAUAGCCUCCGGCAAAGCCCCGCGCAUCGCGCAGCCGACAGAAGGCGCCACCUAUGACCCGAUGUUGAACAAGAAGGAGUUACGCCGCGUGGACUUUUCCAAAAUGACGGGCCAGGCGUUGCACAACUUCAUACGAGGCAUGGACAAGGUGCCCGGAGCCUGGAUCACACUCGAAGGACAGGCGACGCGCGUGUACGGUUCGAGCCGGUGGCCCUCGGGUCCCGUAGAAGGCGCUCGCCAGGUGUCCGUGGAAGGCAUGUCCCGUCCUGGACUGGUCCACGAGCAGGGCCUGCUGCUGUGCGGCUGUGACGGCGAGUGGGUCAACGUGCGACAGCUGGCCUCAGAGGAGACGGGACGCGUCAGCCUCGCCUCACGCUUUGGACAGCAGCAGGCUGACGCCGAGGCCCUGGAACUGAACCAAGAGGAGCAGGCCAUGGUCGGCAAGCUGAGGGGCAUCUGGACGAGCAUCCUGCGGCGCGACGUGGCCGACGACACGGACCUGUUCGAGUGCGGCGCCGGCUCGAUGGACGUGACGCGGCUGGUCGAAGAGGCGCGCGACGCCUGCGGCCUGCAGCUGGCCGCCGAGGACGUCUACCUGGCGUCGCGCUUUUCGGACUUUGUCCGCGCGGCCGUUCUCAAGUCCCGCGGACAGGGAUCGGGCGGCGACGACGUCUCGUACGACGCGGUCGAGCUCCAGGCCAACGGCAGGAGCAUCAGGGUGCCGCACCAGCUUUUCAUCGACGGCAAGUUUGUCAACAGCUCGUGGGGACGAAGCUCAGAGGUGGUGAACCCGACGGACGAGAGUGUGCUCUGUCGCGUCGAGAGCGCUUCUGCCGAGGACGUCGAUCGGGCGGUGUCGGCGGCUAAGGCAGCCUUCGAGCAGGGCGAGUGGGGCCGCAUGAGCGCCCGCGACCGAGGUCGCCUCCUUCUUCGGCUUGCCGACCUGAUGGAGCAGCAGCGCGAGGACCUGGCCACCAUCGAGUCGCUCGACUCAGGCGCCGUCUACACGCUCGCCCUGAAGACGCACGUGGGCAUGUCCAUCGACGUGUUCCGCUACUUUGCCGGCUGGUGCGACAAGGUGCAAGGGAGCACGGUGCCCGUGAGCCACGCCAGGCCGCGCAAAAACCUCACCUUCACCCGCUGGGAGCCCAUAGGUGUGUGCGGUAUCAUCACGCCCUGGAACUACCCGCUCAUGAUGGUGGCGUGGAAGAGCGCCGCCUGCCUCGCCGCGGGCAACACCCUGGUGCUGAAGCCCGCCCAGGUGUGUCCACUCACGGCACUCAAGCUCGCCGAGCUCACGCUGCGCGCCGGCAUCCCGCCGGGCGUCUUCAACGUUGUCACAGGAUCCGGCACCAUCGUCGGACAAGCCAUGUGCGGUCACCCUUUGCUCAGAAAGGUGGCGUUCACUGGAUCCACAGAGGUCGGCCGCGCCAUCAUGUCGAGCUGCGCCGCACCGUACCUCAAACGCGUCUCACUCGAACUCGGAGGCAAGUCACCGCUCAUCAUAUUCGCCGACUGCGACUUGGACCUCGCCGUGCGCCAGGGCCUGAACAGCGUCUUCUUCAACAAGGGCGAGAACUGCAUCGCCGCCGGCCGCCUGUUCGUCGAGGACUCCCUGCACGACCGCUUCGUGGAGCGUGUCGUGGCCGAGGCCCGCAAGAUUGUCACUGGCGACCCACUGGAGCGCAGCACCUGGCACGGUCCGCAGAACCACAAGCAGCACCUGGAGAAGCUCAUCGACUACGUGCACAGGGCCGUGGCCGAGGGCGCCCGCCUGGUCCACGGGGGUCGGAGGCUGCCUAGGCCCGGUCUCUUCCUCGAGCCGACCAUCAUCGUGGACGUGGAGGACCACAUGGCGGCCGCCAAGGAGGAGUCGUUCGGCCCCAUCAUGCUCGUCUCUCGCUUCCGCGACGGCGAUGUCGAGGGCGUGCUGCGGCGUGCCAAUGCCACCGAGUACGGACUUGCGUCGGGUGUCUUCACGCGCGACCUGAGCAAGGCGUUGCGCGUGGCGGACGCCCUGCAGGCAGGCACGUGCUUCAUCAACUGCUACAACAAAACUGACGUGGCGGCGCCUUUCGGCGGCUUCAAGCAGUCUGGCUAUGGCAAGGACUUGGGUCACGAGGCGCUUAAGGACUAUCUGCAACUCAAGUGUGUCACCGUCGAGUACUAGCAGCGCACCACCGGGUGGCCCAGCACUAAUUUGACAUUUUAAUGCGAAACGAUUACUUCCGUUUUGAAUCAAAGAAAUAUGUCCCACA